UGAUUCCUUUUUCUGUUACAUUAUAUGUGGUUUUUAAUUUGAUUUCUUUUUUUUCUACAAUUAAUUAAGUUAAGGUUCUAAUUUUUUGUCAAAAUGAUUUUACUCAAUAGAAUAUCAUUAAUAUUACUUCUUCUAAUACCUUUAAAUUUAAUAACUCCAAGUUUUCCUGGUGUAGAUGCUGCUGAUUCUAAAAGUGCCGGUAGUGAUACUGUAGAAGGUGAAGAUGAGGCUGCUGUUGAGGAAGAAGGUGCCGUCACUGGAACUGGAGAAGAGGAAGAUGAUGGAGGUUCUUUAAAGCCAAGUCCCGAUGUGGAUACUUAUUUCAUGUUCACAAAACCAGCUGGAAAAGGCUUAGAAUUACCUGCUAAUUCAGAUGCCCACUUUUUAGUUGGAUUUGCCAACAGAGGACAAAAAGACUUCAUCAUUGAGACCAUGGAUGCUUCAUUCCGUUAUGCUAUGGAUUUCAAUUUCCAUAUUCAAAAUUUCUCUGCUAUACCUUACAACAAAAUCGUCAAACCAAACCAUGAAACUACAUUGGCUUACUCUUUCUUCAUAAGUGAAGCUUACAGCACUCGUCCCUAUGGUUUCACUGUUAAUCUACUUUAUAAAGAUAAGGAUGGUAAUCAAUUCAUGAAUGCUGUAUACAAUGAGACUGUUAAUAUUACUGAAGUUGAUGAAGGAUUAGACGGUGAGACCAUUUUCCUCUACAUCUUCUUGAUUGGAUUAGUUGGUCUAUUGUUAUUUGGGGCUCAACAAUUAGUUCUUUCCAUGAGCAAAAAGCGAACAUCAUCAGCACCCAAGCCUAAAGUUGAAGUUGGAACUGUUAGUACGACGGAUGUUGAUUACGAUUGGUUACCACCCGAGACUCUAUCAGCAAUCAACAAAUCGCCAAGAAACAAACAAUCCCCUAGGCAGCGAAAAGUGAAAAGAGGAACUGGUUCCUCCGAAGAUAAAUAGUUAAUCAUAGAUGAAUUUAUUACAAAAAAUUGUAUUUUACACUUAAAUGGUGCCUAUAUAAAAGGGAAAAAAACAACAAAA